AAAAACGAGCAAACAGCAUCGAAUUUUCUCCCAGGCGCAACGACUCUUAAUAAAUUCAGUACACAAGUAAUUUCCUCGUGAGCAUAAAGUAUUUUAAUAGCACACUAAUGUGGUCCAAAUUACUACUCCAUAACACAGUUGAACUUGUCACUAGACCCAUCAUUUUUAUUACACGGCUAGCACGAGCGCGGAGACCACGAGGAAGAAAAGCUUAAUCCGGUUUAGUACUUAGCAAAGUUUAGCAAGUGAUGUGAUUAACAGGAGUUGAGUGGCUCGGUGACUAGAUGCGAAAAUCGAAAAUAAGCGAUCUGGGAGUAGAUGAACUUGAGAUAAUGACUGAUAAUGGACAUUUGACCAAUGAAAAACAGUAUUAUGCGAAGGUAACGUACUGCGGGAUAUGAUAUUUACAAUCGCGGCUAAAGAAUAUUAUUGUACUUGUGACUUUCUUCGAGUGACACCUGUAAUUAUUCGGAUUUUGUUGGAAGCGAAUCGCUGCGGGACAACAUGGGACUUGAUUUCAUCGAGGGCCAGGGCGAGGAUUUCGAAAGGGCGCUCGAAAAUACAGGUUUCGGAAAAUUUCAUUUCGCCUUGUUGACAGUAUGCGGUCUAAUUUAUUUGAACACCGCCGUCGGAAUAACGAUCAUCUCGUUCGUCCUCCCGUCGGCGACAUGCGACUUCGAGAUGUCUUCAGCGGACAAAGGCUGGCUGACGGCCGCCCCCAUGCUUGGUAUGGUGAUUGGCUCGUAUUUUUGGGGAUGCCUGGCUGAUACAAAGGGACGUAAAACAGUAUUAAUCGGUGCCUUACUUAUGGAUGGGUGUUGUGGACUUCUCUCCAGCAUCUCUCAAGUGUACUGGUUGUUCAUGUUGUUUAGAUUCCUCAACGGAUUCGCUAUAACAGGUGCUAUGGGUAUUUGCUUCCCCUACUUGGGCGAAUUCCAACCGGGGAAGUACCGAGAGACGAUUCUCUGUUGGAUGGAACUCUUCUGGACUCUUGGGGUUAUAGUACUCCCCGGAAUCGCCUGGAUUAUAAUUCCUAUGGAAUUCGUAUACGAAGCAGACAAUUUCAAGUUUGCUAGUUGGAAUUUGUUCGUAGCGACAUGCUCCAUCCCCAGCCUCCUAAUCGGAUUUUGGUUAUUCUUCUUUCCCGAAAGUCCGAAGUUCUUACUGGAGUGUGGAGAGGCCGAGGAAGCUCUAGAAGUCUUAAAAGAUAUGUACGCGACUAACACUGGAGACAGCGCUGCGAACUUUCCCGUUAUUAGUUUAAGAGAAAAAGUACGCACAAUGAGUGUCGUGUCUCAACAAUCCACUCGCAGUAUUCGUAGUUUAAGGAUAAGAAAACCGAAGGAGCUGAAACUAUUGAUGCAGGAAAUCUGGGAGCAAACCAAAGCCUUGUGCAAGCCCCCACACCUCCGGUACACGGUGAUAACCUGUCUAAUCCAGUUCGGACUCACCACCAGCUACUACACCCUCAUGAUCUGGUUCCCGGAGCUUUUCUACCGGUUCGAGGAGUUCGAGUCCGUUCAUCCCGGGGAAAAGGCCACCGUCUGCGAAGUCUCUUCGGUUGUCGUUCCACUCAAUGCCACCAUUCCUUCACAUGAAGAAUUCUGUGGUGAACCUUUAGCAGAUUCCGUUUUUCUUCACACUUUGAUCAUCGGUCUUGCGUGUAUUCCGACGAGUUUCUGGUUGCCGUUGUGUGUGCACAGGUUGGGUGCUAAGUUCUUCUUGGUUUUCAGUUUGCUGGUGGCCGGUGCCGUCACUUUUGGGCUGUAUUUUGUCAAUUCGACGACGUCGAAUUUGGUUUUGUCGUGUAUUUUUGAGGCUUUGACCAGUCUGGGGAUCAGUACGGUGUACUGUGUGAUGGUUGACUUAUUCCCGACGAACUUACGGGUGAUGGCGGCUGCCCUUUCUUUGACCUUCGGUAGGGGCGGCGCCCUUAUAGGUAACUUGCUGUUUGGCUUCCUCAUCGACUUGAAUUGCGUCAUCCCGAUUGUAUUAUUCGCCGCCAUGUUGCUAGGAAGUGGAUUGUUGUGUCUCCUGCUGCCAAACACGGGACAAGGAGCUCUGGAUUAAACCACCACAACUAGAUUUUUUAUUAUACUAUGUGAUAAUUGUACUUUAUUGACAACAAAAUACCUGAAUCGCAUUCGAUUUUUUAGGUUAAUGUUUGUUAAUUCUGUUGACUUGUAAAAUGAUAAUUAUUUGUACUCGAUUAUUUUUGUUAGGAUGUUAUACGUUUAUUUAUAGUUAAGUUAUUUAGGUGUAAGAUAUUUAUUUAUAUUUAUUUUUUAGAAAUACAGCACUUUUCGAAUAUGUGAUUGUUUUUGAAGAAGUGAAAAAGUGCCAUUAUAUAUAUUUUUUAAAUAAUUAUUGUUUUACAUUAGUGGGUGCAUGUGGAUGUUGUGGACAAAAACAAGAACUCAGUUGGACACGACGUAACCAACUGUUGUUGUUUUUAUCUACAAACCGAGGAAAGAACGCAUUUUUACGCUCAAAUUGUGAAACCAGUAAGAUAGGGAACAGUGAGUCCACCUGGUGGCAUUUUUAUAAAGUUGAGGUGCGGUACAGAGUACAAUGUUGAUAGAAGUUACAGUUCUAAGUUUUGUUCUGAGAUUGUGUUUAGAUAGAUUUUCGUGUUAUCGCCAACGCAGAAUUUGUGUUUUGUAGACAAGCCUGUAUGGGAAUGUAUCACACAAGAAACACCAUUAAAUUUUUAUUUAGUAA